GUGGGCAGCAAGUCUACAAGAGCAUGAUGGACUGCCUUGUCAAAACUAUUCGAUCAGAGGGAUACUUUGGAAUGUACAGAGACUUGGGUCCCCCUGGGAUAUUGAAGGCUAGCCGAUAAGGCGCAGCCACGCUGGAGGCAAAUAUUAAUGGUUCUUACAAUAUUGCUCUACUUAAAACUAUAGGCUCAAGUUUUAUGUUUUGCCAUCUAUUCUGUAAUUUGACUUCUUGUCAUUAACUACUUGGUUGUCUCUUCACUGUCCUAUCAUCCUGUCAUUGCUUGUUCUUUCCUUGACUAUAACAUUACAGUCUUUGUUUGAUCUUGCAAAUUAAUCUGGUCUGAACUAAAGUUUUUUUUGUUUUUUUUAUGUUUUAAUACAACAGAUAACUUUGCAAGUUUGUCCAAAGUCUGAAAUAUGUGUAUAGUGUUCAAGUCAGCCUGUCUUGUCACUAACAACUUUUGAUUCAUUUUCUGUGUUGCAGUUAACAUGUUUACAUACUUUAUUUGACUCAUUUUAAAAAGGAAAAACUUGUCUGAAUUUUAGACUUUAAGUUUGUUUUAUUUGUCUUUUACCAUUCCUUUUCUGCCUUCUUGUCAUUUCCUUUAAAACAGUGCUUAAGUGUAAUGUUUCAUGAGAUGCCAGUUAUUGAAUCAGCUUUAAGUUGAGUUCUAUUUUAUGAGGUUAUAAAAAUAUUGUCAGGCAAUGUUGUUUCUCUGUUAUUGGAAACUAGAUUGUGACAUCAAUGCUAAUUGUGAAUUUGUUUGUUCCUUAGGGGCAGCAGUAAACUUGACUUUGGUUACCCCUGAGAAGGCCAUCAAGCUGGCAGCUAAUGACCUCUUCCGCCAUCACCUUUCCAAGGACGGAAAAGGCUUAACAGUAUUCAAAGAAAUGCUAGCAGGGUGUGGUGCAGGCAUGUGCCAAGUUAUUGUUACUACCCCCAUGGAAAUGCUCAAAAUCCAGCUACAGGAUGCGGGCAGAAUUGCGGCCCAACAACAGAAACCAGUGAUGAUUUCUCCCACAAAGCUGGCGGUGACAAACACGGUGCUGAGCCGCUCGUACAACUCCGGCCCUGUGAUGUCUGCACCAAGAGCCGUGUCGGCAACGCAGAUUGCGAAGGAACUCCUGCAAAAACAGGGCAUCCAGGGCCUGUACAAGGGCCUGGGGGCAACACUGAUGAGGGAUGUACCCUUUUCUAUUGUUUACUUCCCAUUGUUUGCAAACCUGAACCGACUGGGCAAACCCAGCCCCGCAGAGUCAUCUCCCUUCUACUGGGCCUUCUUGUCAGGGUGUGUUGCAGGAUCUACUGCUGCGGUUGCAGUCAACCCUUGUGAUGUGGUGAAGACCAGACUGCAGUCCCUCAACAAAGGAGCAAGUGAGGAGAGCUACAAUGGAGUUAUGGAUUGUGUGAGUAAAAUUAUGAGGAAGGAGGGGCCGUCCGCCUUCCUGAAGGGGGCAGGCUGUCGUGCUUUGGUCAUUGCACCUCUGUUUGGAAUUGCACAGGUCAUGUAUUUUGUUGGUGUUGGUGAAUAUAUCCUGGACAACUAUUCUCCAAGUUUCCCAUCUUUCUGAGCUGCAUCAGCAGGCUAUCUACACACUGGGUCUGGCGUAACUACUGGCAGCUACAAUCAGUUUACAGCAAAAAAAAAAAAAAAAAAAAGCUUCUGACUCAGAAGCUUAUUUUUUUUUAAAUCAUCUUUAUAGUUUGACAGCUGUGUCGCAUUUUGCACACUUUUGUGACUUAGAAACCAACUGAGCCCAUUGUUUGCACUUGAAUCUGUUGACCUUUUUAAGAUGGUGGACUCAGAAUUACUGUGUUCAUCUGUCCUAGUCCCAAAACAUUCAUGUCCGGAUUCCCUCUAUGAGGGAGAGGAACUCACUCAGACCUCGUUUUGUGUUUAAUUUUUCAAUUUUGUAAAAAAGUUAUUAUUAUUAUUAUUAUUUACAGGUUAUCUUUAUUAUUUUAUAUACAUUUUCCCCACAGUUUCUGUUUAUGUCUCAUCAUACAAAGCCUUCCACUUAGAAAUAAGAUUUGUGAUGGCUAAAUAUAUGGGGCCCAGUUUAUGCUUUAAUUCUGUAAAUGUGUUAUGUAUUCUGCUAUUUUAAUAUUAAGUUGUUUUAUCGGAUUGAUCUUGAGCCUUCCUACUGGUGUGGGACCACGAAGGUUACCAAACCUUAAAAAGCGUCCUCAUACAAAAUUCUGUUAUUGUUUGCAUGUCCUUUACGAAACUUGAUGUUAUUAUACAUAUUAAGUUUGUGUUCAUAAUUGCCCUUCAGACCUCUACAUUUACAGACCUAUAUUAUUGUAAAUAUCACUGGAUUAUGUUGUAAUGGAGUAGAAUUUUAUUAAUUGGGUUCUUGGAGGCAGCAUUAUUGACUUGAAUUGAACAUUAAUACUGUGAGAGAUGACUGUUACAUACUGUCACUAUGAUAGCUUUUUUACACAUUAUAUCCAUUAAAAUGUUCUUUUCAUUCACUUUG